AAAAGUGAUGAAAAAUUCUAUGCUGCAUCGUCUUGUUUGCCUCCAAAAUAAAAUGCUUCAUCGAAUAAAUAUUUCAGUGAUCAACUAGCCCAAGCGCACUUAGAAUGGUUGACCACUGCCACAUCUAUUGUACUGUGAGAUAAGACUCGAUUAGACUAUGUACUUCUAGGAAACAUAACAACAUUCUUGUGCGAUAAUCAUCAAGUGUCUCACUCGGUCCUGCACAAAUGCGUAAGAUAACACUGACUGACAAAUUUUUAACUGUUAGUUGAAUGCUAUUUUAUGUAGAGUGAGUAGUGAGCAGUCUGUUUUUCGUAUCUAUAUUAAGUUUUACUACAAGUUGUAAGUUUUGGUUUUCAAAAACAAGAAUAAAACAUGAAUAACAGUUCAACAUGGCAUAGAUCUGGCGCAAGUAUCAUUAGGUCAUCUCGUGUGAAAAAAAUGGUUGAAGCAGCUUUAUCACGACAAGAAAAUGUUCCUGGCCCAGAACAAAGUGAAAGAGUAACUGACUUCACAGUAUUGCAGAAUGUUCUGUCAGAGCGAAACGAGGACUUUCAGAAUCCAGAACAAAGUGAGACAGUAACUAACUUCACAGUAUUGCAGAAUGUUCUGCCAGAACGAAACCAGGAUUUUCAGAACCCAGAACAAAGUGAGACAGUAACUAACUUCACAGUAUUGCAGAAUGUUCUACCAGAACGAAACGAGGACUUUCAGAAUCCAGAACAAAGUGAGACAGUAACUAACUUCACAGUAUUGCAGAAUGUUCUGCCAGAACGAAACCAGGAUUUUCAGAACCCAGAACAAAGUGAGACAGUAACUAACUUCACAGUAUUCAGAAUGUUCUACCAGAACGAAACGAGGACUUUCAGAGUAAGUUGAAAGCUCAUUUCAAUACCUAUAGUUCGUUCAGUACUAUGCUAUUAACAUUAAUUAACAUUACUAAGACUAGCGUUGAUUUUCAGGCCCAGAACAAUGUGAAACAGUAACUGACUUCACAGUAUUGCAGAAUGUUUUGUCAGAGCGAAACGAGGACUUUCAGAGUAAGUGGAAAGCUCAUUUCAAUAACUAUAAUUUGUUCCCUAUUAUGCCAUUAACAUUACUAAGACCAGCAUUUGAUUUUCAGACCCAGAACAACGCGAAACAGUGACUGACUUUACAGAAGGUUCAAAAGGAGCAGAUUCAGACCAAUCAUUUGUAAACCAAGAGCCUAGCGUAUCACAUACUAUUCAGGAGACAUCACAGUCUUCAUUAUCGUCAUGUUAUGUCUCCAACAGCGACA